AUGACACACGAUUGCAGGCAGAUAUUAAAAUCUGAAGGGUGUUGCCGGCGGGAUAAAAAUAUGAUCAAAUGUGCCAUAACUGCUUUAAAUCAGAUGAAGGCGAUGUUCGAUACGGCUUGGUGCCCAAUCAAAGAAAACCCGGAAAAAUAUCAGGACAGGUACAAUGGUUGUGUAAUAGAUCCCGAAUGUAAUAUCAGGGAAUGUCCAUUUCGUGGAACCGGAGUGGCGCCUAACGUCUUGGAGACAUAUUGUGUCAAGAACAAAGAAAGGUCUUGUGGUGGGGUGGCGGACAGAGACGCCAUGCGGCUUAUGCCAGGUGACGUAGGCCUGCGCGGUGACCGGGCCACAUUCUCGUUGUGCCAUGACGACGGAUUGACGCAACACCCUGAAACUACUGGCAAUGGCGCAGUUUACUACAACAUGCGCCCAAAUGGGAUUCAACCGGAGCAAGAUGACGAGUUGGAUGGCGAUAGUCACACCAUGCAACAGCUGUCCGAUCAGGAACAAGAGGUGGAGUAUGAUCAGGAACAAGAUUGGGACUGUGAUCCACAGGACCGUAAUCUGGAACAGGAUCAAGAUAUAGAUCCAGAUCAGGAAAACGAUCAAGAUUAUGACCAGCAAACGGUGGACGAGUCUGGAGAUCAACCGUUGAUGAAGGAUCGAAAGCAUGUGAUGGAAAUGUUGCCAGCGUCUGUAAAACCGGCGUUUGGACCGGUUACCGGGCUGCCAGUAAGUGACGAUGAGCACGUGUUCGUUUUGUGGUUGGGCAAGCGGCCGGGCGAACCGGACGAGAAAGCCAGGCUGCAGAUCGAGGUACGUGUGCCAAAGUUAGUGCCAAAGCCGGAAACGGUGCCGGAGACGCCGUCACCAGAGCCGAAUAUCGUGGAAGCAUUGCCGGAAGUGACGGCAAAAGAUGGUAAUAAGAAGAGAGGCAGCUCUAAGAAGAGUAACAGCUCCAAGAAGAGCGGAAGUUCCAAGAAGAAAUGA